CAUGCUUAGCAGCACUGUCAUGGCAGCUUACUGAGCUUGAAAAUCAGCACAUGUUUACAAGGAUUCCCAGGAUCAUUCUGAGCAAAAUAUCAUCAAGUAUUGAUUAUCCACCUUCUGUUUAUCCUUCAUAAUUUCUCUAAAUUUCAUUGGUGAACUGGGAACCAUCUGACUGUCUGGAUGUGGGCAACACUGGAACACGAUGUGCUGAGGGGCUUUCCUGCAAAAUCACAAUUGGAGCAACAUGGAAAUCCAGAAAUCCUUUCUCUGCUGCAACCACUGUUUGAUGGCAGUUUUGAAAGUGUUCUGCUCAGCCCACUGGUCCAGGAAAUGUUUACUGCACCAUUGCCAGAAGAAACAAUUGACCAUUAUCUGGAGCGACAGAUUUCUUCAUAUCUGGAUGCCCCUGUAGACCUUCUAAGUGACAGACAACUCCUUGUGUUUUUACUGGGGGUGAGCUGCCUUCAUCUGUUUGUUCAAAGCAAUUGGACUGGACCUCCUUUACUUUCCACCCCACAAGACUUCUUACCUUCUGCUCUGUUUGAACAAUUUCCUGAGAGUAAAGCCGUAUGUGCUACAAUUCUGAACACGCUCGUUCUUGAUGGUGAAUCUGUCUACAGCCUGACAGUCAAUCCAAUCUUCUUACUGCUCGCCAGAGUAAUCCUUGUGAAGCUCAGGAACAAACUUACAGCUUUCCAGUUACUACCAUGGUGGACUCUAAGGUGUGUAAAUGUUCAUCAGCAGUUACUAGCAGAGCGAUCUCCAGAGUUGCAUGAUAUUGUUCAGUCUUGUAUUGAUGAAGUUCAGAAAAUUGACAGCUUGUUUUCUGAAGAAGAGGCCCGAGGUUUGGCUGUGCAGUUUCGCCUUGAAUCUAGCUACACAUGUCUUUACUAUUACAACUACAAAACUGCAAAGGAACAUCUCCAAGCAGCCAUUAACUUGUCCAAAUUAAAGGUUAAUCUAACGGGUGCUUUGGGAAAACGGACACGGUUUCAGGAAAACAACUUGGCUCAGCUUGUUUUAGAUGUGCAAAGGGAAGGGGAUCCCUUCCUACGCAAAGAUCUGAUGCCAACCCCAGUAGAGAAUUUACCAAAGAACCAGGAACUGCAAGAUGAUACAGUUCUAAAUAAAAUCAUGUUAGCAGAUCCUGACCAGUUUCAGAUACCAGACCUAUGUGCUGAAGAGUUGGCAGUAAUCCUUGGAAUUUGCAUAGAUUUACAGAAGAACAACCCAGUACACAAAUUAACAGAUGAAGAGCUCCUUGCUUUCACAUCAUGUUUACUUUCUCAACCCAAAUUCUGGGCCCUUCAGACAACUGCCCUUAUCUUGAGGACCAAACUAGAGAAAGGAAGCACUCGACGUGUCGAACGGGCCAUGAUGCAAACUCAGGUGCUAGCAGACCAAUUUCAAGAGAAAAAUCCACCAGCCAUUGAACGCUUGAAAAUCUUCUACUGCUCAAAGAUGCCUCCUGUUUGGGACAUUCAACGACAACUUGCAAGCUUGUUGUUUGACAUGGGCUGCACCAACUCUGCUCUGCAGAUUUUCGAGAAAUUGGAAAUGUGGGAAGAUGCUGUCAUUUGUUAUGAAAGAGCAGGACAGCAUGGAAAGGCUGAAGACAUUCUGAGGCGAGAACUAGAGAAGGAGGAGACUCCUCAUCUCUAUUGUCUGCUGGGAGAUGUAUUGCGAGAUCAUCAGUACUAUGACAAAGCCUGGGAGUUGUCCAAGCAUCGCAGUGCUCGCGCCCAACGCUCUAAGGGUCUACUCCAUCUCCGUAAUAAGGAAUUCCAACAAUGCGUGGAUUGCUUUGAGAAAUCUGUUCAGAUCAAUCCCAUGCAGCUUGGAGUUUGGUUUUCCUUGGGCUGCGCCUAUAUUACCCUACAGGGCUAUGAAGGAGCUGCAAGAGCUUUCCAGCGCUGUGUUACCUUGGAACCUGAUAAUGCUGAAGGAUGGAAUAAUCUAUCCACUGCCUACAUUAGACUAAAGCAAAAAAUUAAGGCCUUUCGAACACUUCAAGAAGCAAUUAAGUGCAACUAUGAACACUGGCAAAUCUGGGAGAACUACCUUCUGACUAGCACAGAUGUGGGAGAAUUUGGAGAAGCAGUUAAAGCUUACCAGAGACUUAUGGACUUGAGAGACAAGUUCAAAGACGUACAGGUGCUGAAGAUUUUGGUUAGAGCAGUGGUUGAAGACCUUAAAGACAGUAAAGGCAACUCCACAGCUAACCUGAAAUCUAAACUACAGGAAUUGCUCGGUAGAGUGACUUCCCGUGAUUCUAGCGAUGCUGAAAUCUGGAAGGCCUAUGCCAAGCUAUAUGGUAAUGGUGCAAGUGAGAAAGCAGAAGAAAAUGAAAAGGCGUUGCAAUACCUGACAAAAGCCCAUAAAUGUGAAACACAAAAAAGUGGAUGGGAAAAUGACAUUCCAGCAUUUAAAGAGAUAAUAGGAGGAGCCAUUAAUGUUGCACAAGUGGCUAUGAAAUGUAUCAAAGACAAAGCUAACCCGCAAGAAGCUGUACAGAUGCUCUCUUCAGCACGUCUUAAUCUGCGUGGCUUGUCCUCAAAAGCAAAGCAACUUUUUACAGAGGUAGAAAGUGGAGACAUUUCUUCAGAGUUGGCUGAUGAAGUAAAAACAAUGGACGCACUUAUCGCAGAACUCCAAGAAAUGAGCAAUCAGUUAAGAAAUCAAUACUGAAGAAAUAGCCCUGUGAGAGAAUUAGCGCACAAUAUGUGGCUUUCAAUUCACUGUGUCUGUUCCAGGCACAAACGCUGCUUAAUAAAGCUUUUCUUUAUAAGA